UGUCUCCUCGCUAGCAAUAAAAAACAACACAAUUGUGUAGCUUCGUGUCUUGUUUUGCUCAAUUUGCCGACGAAUUGCAUGAUAAUGAGCACACCGGCGAAAAAUAACAAUGGAACUGGACUGGAGGACGUGAAUAUUCCGGGUCAGGCCUAUCUGCGCGAGGCCCUGACCUCCUGCACUGAUCCCUUGAAGGCCAUCGAGAGUUUUCAGCUUGAGAAUGGUGUAUUGCUGCCUUCACUGCGCCCCAUGUUGCCUUUACUCGAUUUGCACGGCGUGCGUCGACUGGACUUUCAUACCUCGCUGAUGGAGGAGCUGCGCGACAAGCUGAUAGCUCACAUCAACGAGAUGGGCCAAAAGGAGCCCCGGGAGCGGGACAAGAAGCUCAAGGAGCUGCUCGUUAAGAGCUUCCCCGUCGUUCGGGUGAAGUCGCUGCGGCCCGUGGUCAUGGCCAUAUUGAGGAAUACCCAGCACAUCGAUGACAAGUACCUCAAAAUCCUUGUAAGGGAUCGGGAACUGUAUGCGGACACGGAUACGGAAGUUAAGCGGCAGAUAUGGCGUGAUAAUCAAUCGUUGUUUGGUGACGAGGUGUCGCCUCUCCUCUCACAAUAUAUUCGCGAGAAGGAGCACAUCCUGUUUGAUCACACCAACUUGAACAAUCUGUUCUUCCACCCAACGCCCAAGGUGCGAAGGCAGGGGGAAGUAGUCCAAAAGUUGGCCAACAUGAUUGGCACCAGUGUCAAGCUGUACGAUAUGGUGCUGCAGUUCCUGCGCACUCUAUUCCUGCGCACCCGCAAUGUUCACUAUUGCACGCUGCGUGCAGAGCUACUGAUGGCCUUACACGAUCUCGAGGUGCAGGAGAUCAUCUCGAUAGAUCCCUGUCACAAGUUCACCUGGUGCCUGGACGCCUGCAUAAGGGAGAAGAAUGUGGACAUUAAACGUUCACGGGAGCUCCAGGGAUUUCUUGACAACAUCAAGCGCGGUCAGGAGCAGGUUCUGGGCGAUCUGUCCAUGACUUUGUGCGAUCCGUAUGCCAUCAACUUUUUGGCCACGUCGGCCAUCAAGAUAUUGCAUCACUUGAUCAACAACGAGGGCAUGCCGCGUGACAAUCAGAUACUCAUCCUGUUGUUGAGAAUGUUGGCCUUGGGCUUGAGUGCCUGGGUGAUGAUCGAUUCGCAAGACUUUAAGGAGCCCAAACUUGAUUGCCAGGUGGUCACCAAGUUUUUGCCCGCCCUCAUGUCGUUAAUGGUUGACGACCAGUGCCGCAGCUUGCACGCGAAACUACCGCCGGACGAGCGUGAAUCUGCUCUGACCACCAUCGAGCAUUCGGGACCGGCACCGGAUGCCGUGGAGGCGUACAUUCAAGAGAGUUCCGUGGCCAGCAUAUUGGCCAUGUACUAUACGCUGCACACGGCGCGCCUGAAGGAUCGCGUGGGCGUGUUGCGCGUCUUGGCCAUUCUGUCCGCCUGCAAAGACGACCGCGCAUAUGAGGAUCCCUUCCUGCACUCUCUGAUUGCCCUGCUCAUCCCCAUGAGCGAAGAGUUUGCCACGGAGGACUUCUGCACCACGCUCUUCGACGAGUUCAUCUUUGCCGGACUGACGCGCGAGAAUGUGACCUCUCGUCACAUGCUGAAACUUUUGUGGUAUGUGCACAAUAAGCUGCCCGCCGGUCGUUUGGCCACAUUGAUGAAGGCUAUGCAGCCGACGACGGCCCACAACGAGCACAUCCACAAGUUGUACGAAAUUCUGCAGGAGAGAAUCGGCACCGGGGCGGCGGAGACGCCGGUCAUUGAAGCGCCGCCCAUGGAGUUUGAUUCGCCGCUAAAGAGUGUGCCAACGCCAGGACCGCACUAUAAUGUCCAAUAGCUAGAGGCACCGGCAGUCGCACCACCUGCGGCUGUCGUCGGAUGAUGAUGGUUAUUUGUGAUGAUGAUGUUGAUGUUGAUGAUGAUGAUCGGAGGCCAUGUAUGUGGCUACCUCAUAUACUUCUCUGGAGCAGCCGACCGGAUGGCAAUCCCCAAUUAGCAUGCUUGCGCAAAUAAUAAUUCUACUGUUUAGACUAAACAUAAAGCACUGCGACCGAGCAAUCGGAUAUAGUUUACAUAUUUACAGAAUGUAUGGCUUUGUUGGCAGGCAUCAAUCAGUUGUCGCUGGCUAUUAUAUAUAUUAUAUAUUACUGUUACGCUAGUGUAACGAUCGAUUCUAGUACACAAUAUAGAGUACAAAUCU